UUUGGGAUUCUGGGGCAUUUUGGGGGUUUAUAGGGGAUUUUUUGGGUUUUUUGGGGGGUCUUUGUAAGGCUAGAGAGGAUUUUGGGCAGUUCAGAAGAUUUUCCGGGGUGGUCAUUGUGUGUUUAUAGAGAAUUUUGGGAGUUUUAGGGUUCUUUGAUGGAUUAGAGGAGAUUUUGGGGGGGUUUAGGAUUUUUCGGGGGGAUGCUUGGAAGAUCGCAGGGCAUUUUUUUAAUUACAACCCCUCAUUAACAACUCAUUAACACCCCCACCUCCACAGCGCCACCGCGUGGUCACCGCUGGUAUCACCACCACCCAACCCAAUUGCUAUCCCCACCAAUUACUUGACUCCAAAUCAACAAAUUACCCCACCCAUGAACUAAUUAACCACCCAACCCAUUAAUUAACCAACCCGCACCAUGAGAAUCACCCCCUGCCAAGCCGCCCUGGCCGCCGCCAUCGCUCUCAACCUCCUCCUCCUUCUCUGCUCGCGCCUCCUCCCCGGCGCGUCCCCGGCGUGCCGCCGCUCCCGGCGCGUCCCCGACGGCGUCCCCGGUGUCACCGUCAUCCUCCGCGACUUCGACGGCCCCGACCACGACGUGGCCGCCACCGCCCGUUCCUUCGCCGCCCUGCCGGGCGUCCCGGUGCUGGUGGCCGCCGAGACGUCCCCGUACCCACCGGUACCGCUGCCCGCCGGCGUCGCCGUGCUGUCGCUGCGUCCGGAGCCUCACCGGCCGCCGCCGCGGCCGGAGCUGGCCGUACGGACUCGCCACGUGGCUUUGGUGCCGGACGGCGCCCGCGCGGCGCCCGGGCUGCUGCGGCGCAUGAGGGACGUCCUGGAAGCCGUCGAGGACGGCGGCGUCAAAGUGGUGGCGGCGGCCGUGGGGCGGCGGCGGCCGCGGUGUUUGAGCUUGGAGGUGGACAUCAAGGCGUGGACGGCGCGCUACGGCCACGCUGACCGACGGAGUGACCAGCGUGGUGACAAUCACGGUGACCAGCAUGGUGACAAUCACGGUGACCAGCGUGGUGACAAUCACGGUGACCAGCAUGGUGACAAUCACGGUGACCGCUGCGGCGCUCUGGACGGAGCCCCGGCCGUUCUCCUCCUCCGGACACGCGACCUCUUCUCCCUGCCCUUCCCGCUGACCCGUCCCGUGGUCACCUCGCUGUCCCUCCAGGCCGCCGCUCGCGGCUGGCGCCUCCUCCUGCUGCCGGCCUCCUUCCCUCUGGCGCCGCGGCCGCCUCCGUCGCCGCACGACCAGCGGAGAGCCCAAACCGCGCUGGAAUCUCAACGCCGGACGCUGCUGGAUCUCUUCGGCAUCAAGCUGGAGGUGCUGCCGGACGGCUCGCGGCGCUGGCACGGCUGCGCCAAGGACACGCCGCGCUGUUUCGGCACGGUGCUGCGCCAGACCCCCGAGUACCUGCUGGCCGGGCGCUGGACGCCGCCGUGCUGCCUGCGGGCGCUGCGUGCCACCGCCCGCCACGUGCUGGCCCAGCUGGAAGCGGCCGGAGUGCGGCACUGGCUGGAGGGAGGGACCCUCCUGGGCGCCGUCCGCCUCGGGGACAUCAUCCCCUGGGACUACGACGUGGACGUGGGGAUUUACCGCGACGACGUCCCCAAGUGCCGCUGGCUGGCGGCGGUGGCGGCCACGGGCCGGCCGGUGGAGGACCCUCAAGGUUUUUUUUGGGAGAAAGCCACCGAGGGGGAGUUUUACCGAGUUCAUUUCAGCCGUUCCAACCGGCUGCACGUGGAUCUGUGGCCGUUCUACGUCCGGCCCGGCGGCGCCGCGGCCGUGAUGACCAAGGACACGUGGUUGGGUCACCGGCAGGACGUGGAGUUCCCCGAGUCCUUCCUGGUGCCCCUGGGCACCGUGACGUUCGCGGGGGUGGCGGCCAAAGCGCCCAACGACCCCCGAGGGUUCCUGGAGCUCAAAUUCGGGCCCGGGGUGAUCGAGAGCCCCGAGUACCCCAACCCCGGGGUCAGGAGGUUGGCACAGGACGUGGGCAAUAAAACAUCACGGUGACAUC